CAUAUGAAGAAAACUGGCAACCCAGUUUGUGGCGCGUCAGUGAGCGACGCAAAACAUGGACUGGAUUAAAGCAGACUCUGGAUCAUUUACAACCCCUUAAAGGGCUCAGCUUAAUAUUCUUGUUGUCUGACAACAUUAUGGAAAGGAUUUCUAAGGAGGAGAAAUACUUGGCUCUGGCUGUGCUGCUAUGUGCUCUGGUGUCACUGUCAAACGCUUAUUGCUUCCCAAAGGCCAUGAAACCAGGCAUGACCCAUUGUCAGGACGAUGUGGAUCAGACGUGGCAUGCUGUGGGAUCUAGAUGGAGAAACAGUAGAUGUAUGGACUGCAGUUGCAGUGGCUGCUGUUCUGCGUAUUCAACCCCCACAAAUUUCCCUGAUGACUGCGUGUCAGUUUUUGACUCACACGCUUGUGAAUACAUAGUACAUAAGAAGGACGACCCAUCGGUAUUAUGUCCAAUUUAUGGAUCAGUAGGGAAGUGAUGGCUGUUGGGAAGGUCUGCAGUAUUUUCUCAGACGAGAGAGAAAGAUGGAGGUGGGAUCCCUCACUGGCUUCUCACCGGGAAACACUGCCUGUUGAGUUGGUUGUAACACACGACCAGACAGGAAGCAUAGCUGCUGAAAAUUGAAAAUAAAAU